AUGUGUAUCAACAUCUUCAAUUGCCUGCGUUUCUUCUGCUUGGAAGUUUACAUUGCCGUGGGCUUACCAGUUAGCAUUUGGCGGGUGAUUGGAGAUAGAGCUUUUGCUGCUACACCUUGUUUAGUAUCUGUGAUUCGGUUGCUUUGCAUUCCAGACGGUGCCAGUGACCUCUGCUUGUCGUGUUUUCCAGCUGCCCCUGCGAAGGCCAAGCCAGCCGAAGCUCCUGCUGCUGCAGCCCCGAAAGCAGAGCCUCCAGCCGCAGCAGUUCCUCCUCCCGCCGCGGCGUCCAUACCCACUCAGAUGCCUCCAGUGCCCUCGCCUUCACAGCCUCUUGUUAGCAAGCCAGUGUCUGCAGUGAAACCCACUCCUGCCCCGCCAGUAGCUGAGCCAGGAGCCGGCAAGGGUCUGCGUUCAGAACAUCGGGAGAAAAUGAACAGGAUGCGGCAGCGCAUCGCCCAGCGUCUGAAGGAGGCCCAGAACACGUGUGCGAUGCUCACUACUUUCAAUGAGAUCGACAUGAGUAACAUCCAAGAGAUGAGGGCUCGGCACAAAGAUGCUUUUCUGAAGAAACAUAACAUCAAACUAGGUUUCAUGUCGGCAUUCGUGAAGGCCUCAGCCUUUGCCUUGCAGGAGCAGCCUGUGGUCAAUGCAGUGAUUGAUGACACAACCAAAGAAGUGGUGUAUAGGGAUUAUAUUGACAUCAGUGUCGCCGUGGCCACCCCACGGGGUCUGGUGGUUCCUGUUAUCAGGAACGUGGAAGCUAUGAAUUACGCAGAUAUAGAGCGAACCAUCAGCGAACUGGGAGAAAAGGCCCGAAAGAAUGAACUUGCCAUUGAAGAUAUGGAUGGUGGUACUUUCACCAUUAGCAACGGAGGUGUUUUCGGCUCGCUCUUUGGAACGCCCAUCAUCAACCCCCCUCAGUCGGCCAUUCUGGGCAUGCACGGCAUCUUUGAUAGGCCAGUGGCUGUGGGGGGCAAGGUGGAGGUGCGGCCCAUGAUGUACGUGGCACUGACCUAUGAUCAUCGGCUGAUCGACGGCAGAGAGGCAGUAACUUUUCUCCGCAAAAUCAAGGCAGCGGUAGAGGAUCCCAGAGUCCUCCUACUGGACCUUUAGGAGGAAGCCACAUACCCUACACACCAACCAUGCAGGAACUGACCACCAAUCUUCUCCCUGUCCCCUCAUGGGUUCCAGGCUAGCCUGGUGCCAGGCACAUGUUGUUGGCCUCCAGCAAGGAAACCAGGGCACUACGUAACCAGCAGCCACAGUUCUUUUCUUGGUAUUCUGCCAGGCUCUCCCCUCUCUGCACCCUUCUCGUACACUCGAACAUCUUCUUGAGGCUUGAGGGAGAGAGAGCCUUAGUGGAUGCUCAUUAAUAUUCCUGCCUUUCUCCCAUUCGUCUUUUGCAGAGAUGAUUUUGCUUCUCUCCUGGGCCAGUAUUCAAUAGGGAAACCACUGGGGACCAUGUGAUCAAGUUUGUAUCUUUUGAAAGUCUAUUCUCCAGAGCCUCCUUAGGAGGGUGUGGUGUCUCCCAGGCUCACAGCAGCCUCUGGCCCGGCUGUGCACAUUCUCACUUGAUUGCACCUGUAUGGAGGUAUUGACUGCAGGCCAAGAGGUGCUGCUUGCCGCGUAAAUAACAGUUCAUUCUGCGCUGCCAUGGACUUCAGGAUGCCUCUUCUACCUCGUCCAGGAAGCACAGGCCAGGGGGUCUGGGGGGGAGGGGGGAGGUAGUUGGGGGGGGCAGAGUCCCCUCCGAGGUGGUAUGUUUUAGACAAGACAGGAGCAGAGCCCACCCUCUCAGUCACGGCUCCAUUUUGGCACAGUAACACACAGCCGUGGUUGUGCCAACCUUUCUGGGCUGCUUGGAACCAUUCUAGCACAUCGCUGUCGUUUAGAGCAGAUUCUAGCACAUCAUGGCAGCGGGACAGGGCAUGGUCCCAAGGGCUGGAGGCUGGUGAGAUUGGGGUGAGGGGGCUUCCUGUGGACUGGCUCAGAUUGAUUUGAGCUUUUUACAUGCCAUUGGCGUAAGCACUCGGACUGAAGGGGCAGCUCUGUUUCUCUGUGCAUCGUGGCCCUUGAGGGAGUGGGGUGUCAGGGAGGAUGGACCCUGGUGGAAACCAGCCCCAAGAUGCUACUAUACAGCGGGGAUGAUGGGCAGUGUCGCCUGAGGUGGUGUUGCCAGAUGGGUCUGGGCACAAUCAUUGGAAUUGCUUGGAGCAAGUUUAAAUACACACAUCUUGUCGUGAAA